AUGGCAUUCGGUGGCCCUAGAGGAGGAGGACGUGGAGGACCUGCUGGUCGUGGCGGUCGUGGUGCCCCCCGUGGAGGUGGUGGCCGUGGUGGUCGAGGCGGUCUUGGUAGCGCUCCUCGUGGUCGUGGCGGUCCCCGUGGUGGUGCCCGUGGUGGCCGUGGUGCCCCCCGUGGUCGUGGUGGUCGCGGCGGUGGUCGCGGUGGUGGCCCUAAGGGUGCCAAGGGUGGUGCUAAGGUCAUCAUUGAACCCCACCGUCACGCCGGUGUUUUCGUUGCCCGCGGUGGCAAGGAAGAUCUGCUUGUUACCAAGAACCUGACCCCCGGAGAGGCUGUCUACGGCGAGAAGCGUAUCGCCGUGGAGUCUCCUCCUGAGGAGGAUGGCACCGUGACCAAGACCGAGUACCGUGUCUGGAACCCCUUCCGUUCCAAGCUUGCUGCCGGUAUCCUGGGUGGUCUUGACGACAUCUACAUGAAGCCUGGUGCGAAGGUCCUGUACCUGGGAUCUGCCAGCGGUACCUCCGUCAGUCACGUUGCUGACAUUGUCGGACCCACCGGAAACGUCUACGCCGUCGAGUUCUCUCACCGUUCUGGCCGUGAUCUGAUUGGCAUGGCCACUCACCGCACCAACGUUAUCCCCAUCGUUGAGGACGCCAGACACCCUCUCCGCUACCGCAUGCUUGUGCCCAUGGUGGACGUCAUCUUCGCCGAUGUGGCCCAGCCCGACCAGGCCCGUAUCGUCGGCCUCAACGCCCACAUGUUCCUCAAGGAGGGCGGUGGUGUCAUCGUCUCCGUCAAGGCCAACUGUAUCGACAGCACGGCCAAGCCCGAGGUGGUGUUCGCCCGCGAGGUGCAGAAGAUGAGAGAGGAGCGGAUCAAGCCCCGCGAACAGCUGACCCUGGAGCCUUUCGAGCGUGACCAUUGUAUAGUGUCUGGUAUCUACAAGCGUGCGGCAUAA